CCGUAAUAAAAAUGCUGACUUUGUUAGCAAAAGCACUCUGUCCUGUUAACAGAAUAGCUCAAUUGAAGUCCAAUAUGCCAUGGUCAACAGUGAAGCUCAAUAGUGUUAGGUCCAAGUCUUCUGAAGAUACUAGAACAUAUCAGGACGAGUAUGGCUAAGACAUAUCGGUACUAUAGACACGAGUGUUGUUUCCUCAUUAUACGUGCCACAGUGGACUUGUGCAUUGUGUGUAUAUGCACGGACAGACUGUUUGAAUCACAGGCCCGCAAAAAAGUGCACACUGCAAUUGCAUUUCAUUCCUUUUCUUUGUCUUUUCUGAUUUGUCCCGAGACCAUGUUUGACUCGAAUGUUCUGAGGCGAUUUCUUCAUUUGUGAUAGUAAUGGAGUUCCUUAAAUUAAAGUUUUAGAAAUUCCAUUAUUCCGAACUUGCCUACGAGGUCUUUUUUUCACUGGUGGGCCGUGUUAGGAACAUUGUUGGAGCACCCAUCAUCUAUUAUUACUAGUUGAUCUGGUUUGCUUGAUUCGAAUGAAACAAGCUGCGUGAUGAAGUAGCGAUCCAGCCCUUAAUUUAAAAGCUAAAAGUGAUAAAAUUAAAUUUGUUGAGGGUGAUUGAGGCAUUUUAAGGUCUAUGCUGAAUCCGUUUGGAUGCUCACUGUGACUUCAGGUUCUCAUUUGCCUUGCGUGCAAAAUCAGCAUGCCAUGCAUUUUUAAUUAGCUUGGGCCACUAAAGCUGGUUCGGUCUUUCGGAUUGUUUUCAUUCUAACUGGAUAUGGCAGGUUUUGGAUUUUCCCGGGGGAACAGUGAAAUUCACACCUGCAAUGAGGUUUAUAUCUGAAUCUCCUGAGGAGAGAGUGCGCUGCUACCGGGUACUUGAUGACAAUGGGCAGCCUCUUCUGGGCUGUAGCUUUGAGCAGGUUAGCAUGGAAAUUGCUGUCAAAAUGUAUCACAAUAUGGUUACACUUCAAACUAUGGACACACUCUUUUAUGAAGCACAAAGACAAGGUAGAAUUUCUUUUUAUGCAACGACCAUUGGAGAAGAGGCUAUCAAUAUUGCAUCAGCUGCUGCUCUCAGCAUGGAAGACCUAAUCUUCCCUCAGUAUAGGGAACCUGGGGUCCUGCUUUGGCGUGGUUUCACUUUGCAGGAAUUCGCGAACCAAUGUUUUUCCAAUAAAUACGAUAAUGGAAAAGGGCGGCAAAUGCCAAUCCAUUAUGGGUCUAACCAACUCAAUUACGUAACUGUAGCAUCAACAAUUGCCUCGCAACUUCCCCAUGCUGUGGGAGCCGCAUAUUCCUUGAAGAUGGAAAAAAAGGAUGCCUGUGCUGUCACUUAUUUUGGUGAUGGUGGCUCAAGCGAGGGGGAUUUCCAUGCGGCUUUAAAUUUUGCAGCUGUUAUGGAGGCUCCCGUUAUUUUCAUAUGCCGGAAUAAUGGAUGGGCUAUUAGCACGCCUACUUCAGAUCAGUUUCGAAGUGAUGGUGUUGUAGUGAGAGGGCAAGCUUACGGAGUUCGUGGCAUCCGUGUCGAUGGCAAUGAUGCCCUUGCAGUUUACAAUGCUGUUAAAACUGCUCGUCAAAUGGCAGUGAGUGAGCAAAGACCAGUUCUAAUUGAGGCCCUUACAUACAGAGUGGGACACCACUCCACGUCAGAUGAUUCCACCAAGUAUCGCCCUGUCAAUGAAAUUGAAUUGUGGAGGUUGGCACGAGAUCCAGUGGCUAGAUUUAGAAAGUGGAUUGAAAGUAAUGGCUGGUGGAAUUGUGAGGCUGAAUCAGAGCUUAGGAACAGUGUGAGACAGCAGCUUCUGCAGGCAAUUCAGGUGGCAGAGAAGGAAGAGAAACCAGCAGUUGCAGAGCUAUUCUCUGAUGUUUAUGAUGUCCCUCCAUCCAACCUUCGCGAACAGGAGAAAUGGUUGAGAGAGACUAUUCAAAAACAUCCACAGGAUUACCCAUCAAAUAUUUCAGUGUAGUUAUGGGCCUAAUGUUCAUGUCAUUACUUAUUUCAACGAUAAGUUUGCCUUCGAACUUGAUUUUUGUUCCGAAUCGAAUGUGCAACUUGGGAAAGAAAUAAUACCAGGCCUUAAGCAAGAAGUUUCAACAAAUAGGGGAUUGUGAGUAAAAAGUUUGCAAAAUCAGAUAUAUUGAUUGGAGUGAGCAAUCCUCAAAAGAAAACGAAACUUCAUUUUUGCUUCCUGUUAAGAAAGUGAAACCUGAUUCCUCAA